AUGCGCGGAAGAUUGCGCUACUGCUGCCGAAUCUUCUCAAUCUUGGACUUGGUCGUCAUCAUCGUUGGUUUCUCCAUGCUCGCACUUGGCCGCGACAAUGAAUCAUCUCGAUCGUUGUCCGCGACGUCAACUCUCCGAUCAAUCCGUUUUCUCCAAAUCGCCCGGGUCUUCCGCCUGGAUCGCUGUGGAACGAGCUGGAAGUUGCUAAGAAGCGUUUUUCUAACUCACGCGAAAGAGCUUCUCUCGGCGGUGUAUCUUGGAUCCCUGACUUUGGUUUUUUCGUCUUUUGCGAUUUAUCGACUCGAAAGUGGAAUAAAUCAACAGAACGGAACUGACCCCUUCGGUACUUUUGGCGAUGCUCUCUGGUGGGGCGUAUCAACCUUUUCGACCAUCGGCUAUGGCGAUAAGGUACCAUCAACUGGCAUCGCGAAAUUCAUCUCAAGCAUCCUGUCCAUCAUCGGAAUAUGCUUCUUCGCCCUACCUGCUGGAAUCCUCGGCACUGGAUUCGCUCUGAAAGUUCAAGAGCAGCACAGAGUAAAGCACAAUGUUAAACGAAGAAUUCCAGCGGCGAGGUUGAUUCAAACGCUUUGGAAGAUUCACGCGGCUGAGCAGAGUAUGCUCAGAAGAUGCAGACGCAGCCAACGUGGUUCCUUCAGAAAGAAGAAAAAUGAAAUUUAUCAUGAUCUAGUUCAUACUCAACCAGAAAUUCAACAAGAACGGUCUCCAUCGGCUUUUAUUCAAGGUUUUGCAGGAAUCCUAUCUUCAAUCAAGAACCGGCAAGAAGACGAAUGCUUUCUCAGCAGUGACUCUGGAGAAUAUUUUAAAAAUGCAUCUGAAGGAGCCAAAAUUCAAGCAGUCAGAUUUAUAACAAAAGUCAAGUUUUUUGUUGCUCGAAAACAAUUCAGAGAAGCGCUGAGACCAUAUGACAUAACAGAUGUCAUCGAGCAAUAUUCAAAGGGGUAUCUUUUGGUGCAUGACAGUGUCAAAGCUAUUCGAGCCGGAAACGAUGAGAUAAAUCUUGAACUUCAAGCUCUUCGAGAGAAGAUGUCGUUGAUGAUGUCAAAAAUGGACAGGAUUAUUACUGAUCAGCGGACGUCAAGUGUGGCCCUUGCACAACUCAAAAUCGAGCAAAACCUUGGCAACGCGAAGUCAAAGAGGAUCGAAAAAGCCAAAUCAUCAUCUCUCGAAGGCAAAAGCGAAUCAUGUCCUGAAUGA